AGGCCCGCCCGCCCGCGCGCCCGGGUCCCCUGGCUGAGCGCGGCCGCCCGCGCGCCCGUCCGGGAUGGGGAGCCUGGACGCCUGAGCCGCGCUCGGCGCGAGCUCCGCGCGGGGAAGGAGCCGGCGCGCGCGGCCCGUGGCGAUGGAGGCACCCGGCGGCGGCGGCCGCGAGCCCGGCGGCGGCGGGGCGGGGGACAGCGCGCCCCCGGACCCCUGCGCGCCCGGCGCCGCGGCGCCCAGCUCCGGCCCCGGCCCCGGCCCGUGCGCGGCCGCCCGGGACUCGGAGCGCCAGCUGCGCCUCCGCCUCUGCGUCCUCAACGAGAUCCUGGGCACCGAGCGGGACUACGUGGGCACCUUGCGCUUCCUGCAGUCGGCCUUCCUGCAUCGCAUCCGGCAGAAUGUGACGGACUCGGUGGAGAAGGGCCUCACGGAGGAGAAUGUCAAGGUCCUGUUCUCGAACAUCGAAGACAUCCUGGAGGUUCACAAGGACUUCCUGGCUGCCCUGGAGUAUUGUUUACAUCCGGAGCCUCAGUCUCAGCAUGAACUUGGGAAUGUUUUCUUAAAAUUUAAGGACAAGUUCUGUGUGUAUGAGGAAUAUUGCAGCAAUCACGAGAAGGCUCUGCGGCUACUGGUGGAGCUGAACAAGAUCCCCACUGUGCGCGCCUUCCUUUUGAGCUGCAUGCUUCUGGGAGGCCGGAAGACCACCGACAUCCCUUUGGAAGGCUACCUGCUGUCUCCGAUUCAGAGGAUCUGCAAAUACCCCCUCCUCCUCAAGGAGCUGGCCAAGAGGACCCCCGGCAAGCACCCAGACCACCCUGCGAUCCAGAGCGCGCUGCAGGCCAUGAAGACCGUGUGCUCCAACAUCAAUGAGACCAAGAGGCAGAUGGAGAAGCUGGAGGCGCUGGAGCAGCUGCAGUCGCAUAUUGAAGGCUGGGAGGGCUCCAACCUCACAGACAUCUGCACCCAGCUCCUCCUGCAAGGAACUCUGUUGAAAAUCUCUGCAGGCAACAUCCAGGAGAGGGCCUUCUUCCUCUUCGACAACCUCCUUGUCUACUGCAAGCGGAAAUCCAGAGUCACUGGGGGCAAGAAGUCCAGCAAGAGGACGAAAUCCAUCAAUGGCUCCCUCUACAUCUUCAGGGGUCGGAUCAACACUGAGGUCAUGGAGGUGGAGAAUGUGGAAGACGGGACAGCGGAUUACCACAGCAAUGGCUACACGGUCACCAACGGCUGGAAGAUCCACAACACGGCCAAGAACAAGUGGUUCGUGUGCAUGGCCAAGACGGCGGAGGAGAAGCAGAAGUGGCUGGACGCCAUCAUCCGCGAGCGGGAGCAGCGCGAGAGCCUGAAGCUGGGCAUGGAGAGGGACGCCUACGUCAUGAUUUCGGAGAAGGGGGAGAAGCUUUACCACAUGAUGAUGAACAAGAAGGUGAACCUGAUCAAGGACCGCCGGAGGAAGCUGAGCACCGUCCCCAAGUGCUUCUUUGGCAAUGAGUUUGUUGCCUGGCUUCUGGAAAUUGGUGAAAUCAGCAAGACUGAAGAAGGAGUCAACUUGGGCCAAGCGCUGCUGGAGAACGGUAUUAUCCACCAUGUCUCUGACAAGCACCAGUUCAAGAAUGAGCAGGUGAUGUAUCGCUUCCGCUACGACGAUGGCACCUACAAGGCCCGCAGUGAGCUGGAGGACAUCAUGUCCAAGGGUGUGAGGCUAUACUGCCGUCUUCACAGCCUCUACACCCCCAUGAUCAAAGACCGCGAUUACCACCUGAAGACCUACAAGUCCGUGCUGCCUGCGAGCAAGCUGGUGGACUGGCUACUGGCUCAGGGCGACUGCCAGACGCGGGAGGAGGCGGUGGCACUCGGCGUGGGCCUGUGUAACAACGGCUUCAUGCACCACGUGCUGGAGAAGAGCGAAUUCAAGGAUGAGUCCCAGUACUUCCGCUUCCAUGCAGACGAGGAGAUGGAGGGCACCAGCAGCAAGAACAAACAGCUUCGCAAUGACUUCAAGCUGGUGGAGAAUAUUCUGGCCAAGCGCUUGCUGAUCCUGCCCCAGGAGGAGGACUAUGGCUUCGACAUCGAGGAGAAGAACAAGGCCGUGGUGGUGAAGUCAGUUCAGAGGGGCUCAAUGGCCGAGAUGGCCGGCCUGCAGGUCGGGAGGAAGAUCUACUCCAUCAAUGAGGACCUGGUGUUCCUGCGGCCCUUCUCUGAGGUGGAGUCCAUCCUCAACCAGUCUUUCUGCUCCCGCCGCCCCCUGCGCCUUCUGGUAGCCACCAAGGCCAAAGAGAUCGUCAAAGUCCCUGACCAUCCAGAGGCUUUGUGCUUCCAGAUCCGUGGAGCCGCUCCACCAUAUGUCUAUGCUGUGGGGAGAGGCUCAGAGGCAGCGGCUGCAGGGCUCUGUGCUGGCCAGUGCAUCCUGAAGGUCAGCGGCAACAACACAGUGAAUGGUGGUGCCCCAGAGGUCCUGGAGCAUUUCCAGGCAUUCCGGAGCCACCGAGAAGAGGCCCUGGGCCUGUACCAGUGGGUCUACCAUACCCAUGAGGAUGCCCAGGAGGCCCGAGCCAGCCAGGAAGCUCCCGGAGAGGACCCCAGUGGCGAGGGAGCCCGGGAGGAAGACCAGCCUGAUGCAGCCUUCCCCCUACUGUCCCUGGGUCCCCAGCUGAGCCUGCAUGAAGACAGCCCCACAGUCAGCCUGACCGUAGACAACGUGCACCUGGAGCAUGGCGUUGUGUACGAAUACGUGAGCACGGCGGGCGUCAAGUGCCACGUGCUGGAGAAGAUCGUGGAGCCACGUGGCUGCUUCGGCCUUACUGCCAAGAUACUUGAGGCCUUUGCUGUCAACGACAGUGUCUUUGUGCAGAACUGUGGGCGGCUCAUGGCGCUGAGCAACAACAUCAAGACCAUGUCCCACUACGAGUUCCGCACCACCUGUGACAUCAAGCUGGAAAGCAUUGGCCAGAGGAUUGCCUGCUACCAGAAGUUUGCAGCCCAGCUGAAGAGCAGGGUCAGCCCACCCUUCAAACAAGCUUCCCUGGAACCCCAUCCACUGUGUGGCCUGGACUUCUGCCCCACCAAUUGCCACAUCAACCUCAUGGAAGUAUCCUACCCCAAGACCACUCCCUCGGUUGGCAGAUCAUUCAGCAUCCGCUUCGGUCGCAAACCCUCCCUCAUCGGCCUUGACCCAGAGCAAGGCCACCUGAACCCCAUGUCCUAUACUCAACACUGCAUCACCACCAUGGCUGCCCCUUCAUGGAAGUGCCUGCCUGCUGUGGAUUGUGACGCCCUAUGCCAGGGUUCCAACAACAGCAGCUCUGGGCCAGCCAAUGGAGCCCUGGGCCAGGAGGACCGGGGCCUGAGCUUCCUACUCAAGCAGGAGGACCGUGAGAUCCAGGAUGCCUACCUGCAGCUCUUCACCAAACUGGACGUGGCCCUAAAGGAGAUGAAGCAGUACGUCACCCAGAUCAACAGGCUGCUGUCCACCAUCACGGAGCCAACCUCAGGGGGGUCUUGUGAUCCGCCUUCAGCCGAGGACGCCUCAUCCUCCCCAUUGGUCAGUGAGGAGAGCGAGAUGGACAGGACUGACCACGGGGGUAUCAAGAAGGUGUGCUUCAAGGUGUCCGAGGAAGAUCAGGAGGACUCAGGCCACGACACCAUGAGCUACCGCGACUCCUACAGCGAGUGUAACAGUAACCGGGACUCGGUCCUUUCCUACACCAGCGUGAGAAGUAACAGCUCCUACCUGGGCAGCGACGAGAUGGGGUCCGGAGAUGAGCUGCCGUGUGACAUGCGGAUCCCGUCCGACAAGCAGGACAAGCUCCACGGCUGCCUGGAGCAUCUCUUUAACCAGGUGGAUUCCAUCCACACGCUCCUCAAGGGGCCGGUCAUGAGCAGGGCCUUCGAAGAGACCAAGCAUUUCCCCAUGGACCACAGCCUGCAAGAGUUCAAGCAGAAAGAAGAGUGCACAAUCCGUGGCCGGAACUUGAUCCAGAUCAGCAUCCAGGAGGACCCCUGGAACCUUCCCAACUCCAUCAAGACCCUGGUGGACAACAUCCAGAGAUAUGUGGAAGAUGGGAAGAACCAGCUGCUCUUGGCCCUGCUGAAAUGCACAGACACGGAGCUGCAGCUGCGGAGGGACGCCAUCUUCUGCCAGGCGCUGGUGGCCGCUGUGUGCACCUUCUCCGAGCAGCUCCUGGCGGCCCUCAGCUACCGCUACAACAACAACGGCGAGUACGAGGAGAGCAGCCGGGACGCCAGCCGCAAGUGGCUGGAGCAGGUGGCGGCCACGGGCGUCCUCCUGCACUGCCAGUCGCUGCUGUCCCCCGCUGCUGUGAAGGAGGAGCGCACCAUGCUGGAGGACAUCUCGGCGACCCUGUCGGAGCUGGACAAUGUCACCUUCUCCUUUAAGCAGCUGGAUGAGAACUGCGUGGCCAACACCAACGUCUUCUAUCACAUUGAGGGCAGCCGGCAGGCACUGAAGGUCGUCUUCUACCUCGACAGCUACCACUUCUCCAAGCUGCCCUCACGCCUGGAGGGCGGGGCCAGCCUGAGGCUGCACACUGUGCUCUUCACCAAAGCUCUGGAGAACAUGGAGGGGCCACCUCCUCCAGGCAGCCAGGUGGCAGAAGAUUUGCAGCAGGAGAUCAACACCCAGUCCCUGGAGAAGGUUCAGCAGUAUUACCGCAAGCUCAGGGCAUUUUACCUGGAACGGUCUAACCUGCCCACGGAUGCCAGCACUACAGCGGUGAAGAUAGAUCAGCUGAUCCGCCCCAUCAACGCCCUGGACGAGCUCUGCCGCCUCAUGAAGUCCUUCGUCCACCCCAAGCCUGGCAGCAGCGGCCUGGGCGCUGGCCUCAUCCCCAUCUCCUCCGAGCUCUGCUACCGCCUGGGCGCCUGCCAGAUCGCCAUGUGCGGCACGGGCAUGCAGAGGAGCACCCUGAGCGUCUCCCUGGAGCAGGCAGCCGUGUUGGCGAGGAGCCAUGGUCUGCUGCCCAAAUGCAUCAUGCAGGCCACCGACAUCAUGCGGAAGCAGGGUCCCAGGGUGGAGAUUCUGGCCAAAAACCUCAGAGUUAAGGAUCAGAUGCCCCAGGGCGCACCUCGGCUCUACCGCCUCUGCCAGCCACCUGUGGACGGAGACCUCUGACCACCAGCUUUUUGGUGCUCGGCUGCAUCCUCGGAACUGGGAUUUGGGAGGACGCGAGGACCACACCAGCCUUCUCCAGAGCUGGCCCAGGCCUCUGCUCCCGCCUGCUCGGGAUGAGUCUGACCUGCGCCUCCUUCUGAGGACAAGCGGUGCCCCCACCCUUGGACCAGCUGCUGAUCAGCCGAGACUGACAUGUUCGCCACACUUCUGUCAGAAGCCCAAAGGGUGUUGGGGACCCACAGAGCUGAUGGGUGCAGCAGGUCCCAGGGACACAGGGGAGAAGUCCUGGGCUCUGCUGAUGGAGGCCCGUAGGCCCAGCUGCCCAGGGAUGGCUCAACUGCACUUUGAAGCCCUGGUUUCCUCCUCAGUCCACAUUCCAGGCGACCACACGUCUCUUCCUCUGCCAGCUUCCAGACUCACCCCUAACCUUGUACUAACCUGCUCGGUGAACUCGGUAAAGCCAGGCCUCUGUCAGGAAGGGCAGAGGGACAGGGCUCACCCCCGUCUCCGCGAGGACACUUGACGCCACAGCAGCUUCCAACACCGCCAUUGGAACCCGGUGUUGACCCUGGGCUCGAGAUUUGCUCCGAUUUUAUUUAUAUGUGUGAACUCUCUGGUUUAUUUUGGGAUUUUAUGUUGUUGGCAUUGUUGACAUUUUUGGGGGGGCCUGUGUGAUUAUAUAUUUGACAUUUUAAAUUUCAAAGAAAGGUAUAUUGUCUAACAGGGGACCAAUAUAAAGCAGUAGUGACACCUUUUCCCAGUACUACUAAAAAAAACUAAAUUAUUGAAAAUUUUUUAAAUGUCAAUAUUUCAUCUUUUUUUAACAUUAGCUCAGAGUGUCACAGGUAUGACUACCACAUCUUCUGCCACCCUCAGUUCUCUGGGAGUUGGUCAGUAUUAGAUGAAUUUGCUCUUUUCAAAGACCUGGGUGCAGGGGUUAGAGGUGGUCGGGUUUGGACCACCCACCCGAGCUGCUGUCUCAGCAGGUGUCUGUCUCACAGGUAGGGGUGAGGCUGGGAGACACUGAGCAGGAGCUUCUGUAAUUAUUUUGGUGUUAGCUCAGCGCGGGGCAUUCAGGACUUCUCAGCCAGCCGGAGAGACAGGAAGCCACCACCCUGGCCACCUUCUGGUUUUCUGCUGCCCCUGAGGCUUCAAGCCCCACCUGCAUCUUGGCCACCUUCCUCCUCCUGCCCCUCCAUGCACCGGGUGGCAGGAGGCGGGCUUGUCCCUGGACACAGGUGAUGUGCAUAUAAAAGGGAACUGGCUUCCGCUGGUGGUGAGAACGGAGCACGGACCUGAGGACCAGGGAGGUCCACAGGUUUACUUUAAAAUGUACAGAUUCUUCUCAUUAAGGUCAUGAUAGAGUUUUUUUAUUAUUAAAAGUCAGUUUAU